CGCGGACACCCUGUAGCUUCGGAUUAAAACUCGAUUCGACCCAGAACUCGAAACCUGGAAGGACAGAAGGUCUGAGAAGGCUCGAUUUCAGGUGCGAAGGCACUACGCGGUUUCGGUGUGCACUCGCAACCUGUCGGCUGUCGAGGGAAAAAACGCGACAUCUCUAUCUCCGAUCGCGCGACGUACUGUCCGUUCGCCCGCACAUUCCGCACGCACUUACAUACUACCACACACGCACGCGCAGUGUGCACCAACACGCACCACGACGGUGAGCAGCACAACGGUGCGGGUUACAACACCCGAGAUUGUGUUGGUGAUUAAUCAAAAAAAGGCCGUUCGCGAAAAUGGCCGAUGGACGCGAGCCACGGUUGUUUUCUACGAGAACCCUGUACCAAUUGUGCGUGUCCGCAGUGGUCGACAGGUUCCGCAUCUACAAACCAUACCUCGUCGACCUGCCCAAGAGCGUGCGGUUCGAUCUCUAUUAUCAGUUAUACACAGAGAGGAGACUAUGUAUAUUGGGGGCAGAAUUAAGCGAUCUGGAGACUUUCUCCAAGAUGCUCAAGGUCACCAAUCGCCGAUUACAACUCCUGAAAAUAUUUCAGGCGCCAAUGGAUCAUAAAAUAAGGAUAGCGAAACAUCUGGUCAUCAGUUACAAUAUGUGCUGUUUCAAAGCAAGAGAGAGCCCUUUACCGCAGGAAAUUGAUAAAUUAAUAAAUCUAGGUUUGAGACUUGGUGGAUUUCUCAGUGAUGCUGGCUGGUACUCGGAAAGCGAAGAAGUGUUGUUAGCUUGCAAGCAAUUAUGUAUGGACCACAAUCAGACCCCCAAGGAAUGGAGUAGGACAUUAGAUUGUUGUCACAA